AUGAAGGCGGUUGCUUCCCGGAGAAGCAACGUCGGGUCGGCGAUCGUCGCGCCGCAGCAACGAGGGGCUUCCCUUCCGCUCCGCCCGCAAGUAGGCGAACUGAUGGGAUACAUGGUAAUGGACUGCACGGUUGAUUCCCAAGAGUAUCUGGCUACCCCUUCUAAAAUGGCUGCAAUGAGGCGCAGAAAGGUUUCAGUUGUUGAUGCAGAGAUAAAUACUCCUAAUGCCAAUGUCACAUGCUUCCAAAAGUCUUGGUUGUGGGUGUUGCUGCUCACAAUGCUUCUAUCAUCAUCUGGAGCCUAUUCAGCCACAGAUACACAAAGAUCUGAAGAGGGCACAUGUCGUUAUGACUUGACAAGCGUUGCCGUGUUAUCAUGUAUGCAACCAAACGGUGUAUGGAAGCCAUCCUCGUCCUCACAGACAUGCUGCAAUGCUUUACUAUAUGCAAUUGACCAAGUUCCAGCAAGUGAUGAGAGUGGGGCUUGUUGCCUUUGCCGUUAUAUGAAAGAAAGAUGGGGACCUCCUGAACUAGGUACCACAUAUAUUCUGUGCAAUGGAAAGGAUAGACAUAUCAUCUCCAAAUGGUCAACAUUUCAUAUGGAGGACUGCUCAGCAGAGUGUACAAAGACAAACAUUUCUUCUGUGGACAUCUCUGCGGACAGUGAAGUGGUUCACGUACAUGACACUAGCAAUAGCAAGGGCAUAUGGAUAGCUGUUACAUUGUUCAGUGUGAUGGCUCUUAUUUGCUUAUGGUAUUUCUGGAGGUCCACAGCAGCUAAUACAAGUGAGCAACGCCGAACAUCAUCCUACGAAGGUGAGCCUCAGGUUGGGCGCCAGCGAUCCAUCAUCGCUUCAUCGUCACCAUCAAAAAAGCUUAAGGAGAGAAGAAUUUCAUCAUCUUGA